GAGCAGCAUGUGACCAGCAAGCCCGGAAGUGUUGACUCAAACACAAACAGUGCUGGGUUUCUGUUUUAUUCCUCGACAGAUGGCUCAGUAACGACUCUUGACGCUGUUAUACAGUAGGUUACAGGACCAGAGGGAGACUCCGACAGCUUUAGUAGCUCAUCGCCGAAUAACAAAAAUGGGCCUAAGUCGUUCUCAUCGGUCGACGUUACUGAAUAGUGUCCUAAUCUGCGUCAUUUUGUGGAGCGACCUGAGCGUGUCUGGCAUUUCAUACCGGAGACCAAACAUCGUUGUGAUCCUAACCGACGACCUGGACAUCGCUAUCGGGGGGCUGAGUCCACUGAACAAGACAAAAAAACUUAUUGGUGGUGCAGGGAUAACUUUCACAAACGCAUUUGUUGCCAGCCCGCUGUGCUGCCCCAGUCGAGCCAGCAUCCUUACUGGAAAAUACCCUCACAACCAUCAUGUCAUCAACAACACUUUAGAAGGAAACUGUAGCAGUAAAGCUUGGCAAAAGAGCGAGGAAGCCCACACCUUUCCUGCUUUGCUCAAGAACUAUGCCAACUACCAGACCUUCUUCGCUGGAAAAUACCUCAACCAGUACGGUCACUCAGAAGCUGGUGGAGUGGAGCAUGUACCUCCAGGCUGGAGCUACUGGGUUGGGCUGGAAAGAACCUCUAAAUAUUACAACUACACUCUGUCAGUGAAUGGAAAAGCUCAGAAACAUGGGGCAGACUACAGUAAAGACUACCUGACAGAUGUACUGGCCAAUAUGUCUCUGGACUUCCUCCAGUAUAAAUCCAACUUCCAGCCGUUCUUUAUGAUGGUGUCCACACCUGCCCCCCACUCCCCCUGGACAGCAGCACCUCAAUAUCAGAACAGAUUCAACAAUACUAAGGCUCCCAGAAACCCCAACUUCAACGUCCAUGGGAAGGACAAACACUGGUUGAUCAGACAAGCUAAAACCCCUAUGACCAACUCUUCCGUUCAGUUUCUGGAUGAUGCUUUUAGGAAACGGUGGCAAACUCUGCUGUCAGUCGAUGACCUGGUGGAGAAAAUAGUUCAGAGGUUGGAGGACAGAGGUGAAUUGGAAAACACCUACAUCUUUUUUACUUCUGACAAUGGAUACCACACAGGCCAGUUCUCUCUUCCUCUGGAUAAGAGGCAGUUGUAUGAGUUUGACAUCAGGGUUCCUCUCAUGGUCAGAGGACCUAAUAUCAAACCCAACCAGACCAGCCAGAUGCUGGUAGCAAAUGUCGACCUUGGGCCAACCAUCCUGGACAUUGCUGGCUACAGUGUCAAUAAGACUCAGAUGGACGGCAGGUCCUUCCUGCCCGUCAUGGAGGGGAAGAUGAACAGCAGCAGCUGGAGAACAGACUUCUUGGUGGAGUAUGAAGGAGAAGGAAGGAAUGUGUCGGACCCGGCUUGCCCUCUGCUGGGACCCGGAGUGUCGGAGUGUUUUCCUGACUGUGUAUGUGAGGACUCUUACAACAAUACCUAUGCCUGCGUGCGCACCAUCGCCCCCUCUGCCAACCUGCAAUACUGCGAGUUUGAUGAUAAUGAGGUGUUUGUAGAGGUGUACAACAUCACAGCAGACCCCUACCAGCUGAUAAAUAUCGCCAAGACCAUCGACCAGGAAGUCCUAGAGAAGAUGAACCACCGGCUCAUGAUCCUGCAGUCCUGUUCCGGACAGUCAUGUCGCACACCUGGUGUGUACGAUCCAAGGUAUAAAUUUGACCCACGACAGAUGUUUACCAGCCACAGCUGGCGACUCAGCAGACUGAGACAGACGAAGUAGGGACGCGAGGAGGAACCAAUAUCCUGUUUUUAAAUUCAGCCUUUCCCACUACUGUUGCCUUGUUGUGAGGCCUACUGAGCCAGUGUCUCCUGUUGAUCAAUGUAUUAUCUUUGGGCAGGGUUGUCAUGGAAACAGGAGGUCUUGCUAGGUGUAGGACCCAACUUUAAAUCUUCCAGUUUGGGCUGCUGAAAGCCAAUGUAUUAUACAAGGUGGUAACAUUUAGUUUUCUUAUCAGUGAAUCUAAAGUAAGCGGUCAUCAAUGAUGGGAACACAUUAACAAGUUUCUCCUAAUCUUUGUUUGAAUCAAGUUUACACCUUGAUUAAAUGUCACCUUCACAAAAAAAAGACUUAAAGUCAAACUUCUCCACCAGUUUAUCACAUUUAAAAAGGGGACAUACACAUUGCAGAGACUGAAAAAAAAAUGCUGACUAUGAUGCUACACCCAGGAAACUGUUAGCUUAGCGUUAAUAAAACUGGAAACAGUCUGGCUCUGUCCAAAACUAACCUGUCUCUAGUCAUCAGCUUCUGUUUCACUGUUUCCAGGAUUCUGAGCACAUCCUGGCUGUAACUUUAUAUUUAAACCGAGAUGAGAAUGGCAUCCUUUGGCAAGGAAGCCAGUAAUAUUUCCCAGUGUCAGCCUGCUCUGACCAAGCUGCCUUGACAGGAUAUUAUGUGCUCAGCACACAACCAAAGAUAUGAUUUGAAGACCUGAAAAAAAUUUUCUGCACAACAUUUGUCGUGAAACAUUUCUGUCUGUGCGUUAAUUCUGAUUGUGACUUACUGAAAGAAGCAGACAAACCUGUUCUUACCUAUGUGUCUGUCACAAAAGGCUCUUUGUGCCACAGCUGUUGUUGAAUAUGUUUGUACGUUUUUUGUUCUUUGUCUGUUGACAGAAUUCAGAUUUAAUGUGAGAACACAGGACUGAACGCUAACGCUGAUUGAAACUGGUCCCUCUGUCUCCAAUCACUGAUGCACUUUCCUAUAUUUCAUAAACAUUUUGUUUUGGCACCUUUUAAGUUUAGUAUUCAAAGUAGUUUUGGAUGAUGUAUUUUUGCUUGUGUGUUUGUCCAAUAAAAGAGAUUCUGAAGA